CUAGCAAGAGCAGAGAGUGGUUGUGUUUAGUGUAUUGGUCGUGUGUUUUGUUUUCAAUUCAAAGUAUCAAAUGAUAACUAAAUAUUUCUUUUCUAAAUAAGUACGAUACCUUUGGCGGCAAAAAGAAACGGUUUUCAUGGAAAUUGUGUUGCAGCUGGCACUAAACUAGUUUAAGAAUAUCGAAGAAAAAGUUUGUUUUUUUGCCGGUAAAUUUCGGUGUUGCUAGAGAACUAGAGGUUGCGCGCAAUUAAUUAUUUACGUGUGUGUUUGAAUACAAAAGUACAUACAUACAUUUUUUUGUAUUUGUUUGCUUUUAACAAAGACAAAAAGCAAUGUAAUAAAGAAGAAAAGACAAAAAAGCACACCGCCGUCGUCAUUUAAAAAAGCCAUUUUACUAACAUUGUAAAUAAAAUACGGCAGAUUCAAAUAAAAAGUAAUAUUACAAAUUUGCUGCUUGUUUUAAAAUAAAAGGAAGUAGGAAUUGGUCAAGUUAAAGUAAAAGAAGAAUACCAUGUUUGAAUUGGAGGAGUAUGCAGGUGGAUUUCAUGAUGGAUUCCUUAAUAAAUAUGCGGAUUCAUCUGGUCCUACUUUGGAUUUUUACAUAUCAGAUUCGCUGCAGGAUAUGCUUGAUAUAGAUAUACGAAGUGAGGUUGCGAAUGUAGUGGGGAGUGUAAAUGACUAUGAGAGCUGCCUGGGAGAUCUACCAACAUCACUUGAACAUGCCACAGAUUCAUUAUCUCUUUUAAAUAGCAAUUGCAGUAAUACAGCAAAAGAAAGCGGAAGUAUAGGCAGCAGUUGGAAUACAUCAUCCGCCUUUGGCUUAGGUUCAUCAAAUUCCUCCUCAUCGUGGUUUGGGGCAAGCAAUGAUUUUCUUGCAGAUGUUGGAGCAUGUGUUAAUCCUAUAUCAGUAAUGCCCUUAAUAUCAUCAUCCUUGAUACACAUGUCCCCAAAAACAAAUCUUAAUGCAAAUAUACUGCGAAGCAAUUCUCCACCACCGCCGUCACCCAAUGUAAAUGAUACCAAGUCUCAUUUGACUUUCUCGCCCGCUCAUAUUAAGAUCAGCGCGCAUUCCAUACGAAAUGAGCAAAUUACAUCUCACAUACCAAAGCAGAUAGUGGCCAUUUCAUCAGCGGUAACAUCGGCUACAACAGUUCCAGCAACUCUGGCGACGAAUUCCGUACUGCAGCGCAAAAAUGCUGCCGUUGAUGCCAUUCGAAAAGAUUUGGGAGCAGACUUAAGAAAAGUCGUACCCAUAUCAUCGGCCAGUGAAAAUAUAUUAUUUAAAACUGCUACAUCAACGUCGACUAAUAGUGCAGGUAAUACUAAUAGUGUUACAUCAUCAAAAACAUCCAAUACGACAUUUUCGGGUAAUAGUUCUUCUGCCAAUCAAACCGCUAAUAAUAAUAACAGCAGUACAUUAAAUGGAGGGACUACAUCAUCAAGCACUAUAAAGUUAGGUCCUGGUAUUGGCGGAUUAACAUUUGCCAAUAACAUUACCUACAACAAGUUGAAGCAACAGUCAAAUUUAAAAUCGUCAACAGCUUCAGCUUCCACAUCCGCUACGAUAACGUCAAACGGCACAAUAGUUCUAAAGCGUGAACGUGAAUCUAGUCCUAUGCAAACAAUUAGCAAUAAUGGUCAACAUGUAACCAAAAUUUUAUCAAGGAAUUCGAUACAGUCAUCAUCUAGUUUUACACCCAAAUCAAUUGCAUCAUCAGCUCAUCACACCUCGUACGCACUUCAGCAGCAUCAUGUCGUUAAUGGAACUGCUUCCUUGACAAAUAAUGUCAACAAUAGCAAUAACAAUUCAAAUGGAAAUCAUAACGCCAGCUUGGUUAACAACUCUGGCAAUUCCGCUAAUUCAGUUACUGUAUUCACUGCAAGUGGCUUGUCUUCCUUAAACAACAGUUCAUCUUCCGGUAGCGCAAACUCAAAUAUAAUUGCAGUUAAGCCACUUCAACAAAAAAUUAAAGCAACUGUAGUUGAAUCAGAAUUCCCUAAGCCAGCUUACUCGUACUCCUGCCUAAUUGCAAUGGCCCUUAAGAAUUCUCGACGUGGGUCUUUACCAGUUUCCGAAAUUUAUAGUUUUAUGUGCGAACAUUUUCCCUAUUUCAAAACAGCACCAAGUGGCUGGAAGAAUAGUGUUCGACACAAUCUUUCUCUCAACAAAUGUUUCGAAAAAAUCGAAAAGCCGCCAACAAAUGGCAAUCAGCGAAAAGGUUGUCUUUGGGCAAUGAAUCCGGAACGCAUUGCUAAAAUGGACGAAGAAGUGCAGAAGUGGUCACGCAAAGAUCCCAUGGCCAUACGGAAUGCUAUGGUUUGUCCAGAUAACCUGGAAGCUCUGGAGCGGGGUGAAAUGAAGCACGGCAGUAGUGGUGAUUCUGAUGUCGAAAUGGACAGUCAGUCGGAAAUAGAAGAGGCAUCCGAUAUGGAGGAACAGGAAUUGGAUGAAACUCUAGUCGACAAUUUGCUUGUAGAAGAGGAUGUAGACGAAGAUAUAAUCAACGGCACUUCUUCACAUGUUGUGGACGACAACGAAGACAACGAUAGUUGCGACAGAAAGAAUUUGCACACUACUAUAAGUUCACCUCUUACAAUAUCAACGAAGACAACAACAACGAGCAAUACCCCCGCCACUUGUAUUCCAACGAACAUCCAUCGGGAUUUCGAUAUUGAGGUGGAAGAUAUUUAUGAUGCCAUCGAUAUCGACGAUGAUAAGGAAGCCGUGAGAAUGGCUAUAAGUCAGUCUGACAUUAUUGAAUUGAGUCCGGCCGAUUACAACAUUUCGGGUGAGAGCCAUCAAUCGCCGAAAAGAGCUCGACUAAAUGUUAACUACUCUAUUGGUCCAGCUGGUGAAAUCGAAAAGCAAUUUCAAAGUCACAAUCAACAACAGCAGCUGCAAAUUCAAAACAUUAAGAAAAUAGUCAAAGUUCAAAAUGUUCAUGAUCUGCAGCAAAUCCAACAACAAUUGCAGCAACAGCACCAACAGAUUGUCGUGCAAACAAUUACGACAAACAACAAUUCAAGUCAACAAACACUACAUCAACAGCAAGGAAACACACAUUUUACUCACAUUGGUCGAAAAAUGCAAUUGGUGAACCGAAUUUCAUAAAUGUAUUUCCCCAAAAAUGAAAAUAUAUUUUUUGAUCCUUAAAAAUGUGUUGCGAUUCGUUAAAAACAAAGUUUUUGUUAACAAUUGCAAGUUCAUGUUCAUACAUUUCAUAGUGUUAAUGCAAAAAGAAAAAAAUUCCAUGUAUACAAUAAUUUGUUUUUUAAUACUUUAUUGCUCUACAAAAUACGCUUAAUUUUACUUUAAGUUUUUUCUUGUAAUUAAAAAAAUAGGAAUUCUAAUUUAUUCAUAUGUAUUUCUAAAAUUUUUUACAUAUUUUAAGUACUAAUUAAAACCAAUAUGUCACAAACAAUCCCCCUUCCUAUCGCCACAAUGUUGUACUAAUCAAAAAAGCUCGUUAUCAUAAUAAUGGAUACUGGUUUAGUUUUUAUUCAAUAGAGGAACCAAUCAUUAUUUGUUCUUUUUUAAAUUCAAAUAAUACGUUUUUUAAUUAAAACUUAAAACUUUGAACUUACGCCUAUUUGAAAAUAAUUCUAUGAUUUACAGAGUUAUCUGGAAUGCAAAACUAUUACAACAUUUUCCUUUUCUGAAAACAUUUCUUAAAUCAUGCGAUAGUAGUGUUUAUUUAUACUUUUGUUUUGCAAUAUCUAUCACAUUGUAUUCUUUAGAUUUAAAAUCUCUUGUUAGAAUUUGCAUGUUUUGCAUUUCAGUUAACGAUUAACGUACAUAAAAACGUAGGUAUGUAUGUCGUUAUUUAAUGAAUUUAUUAAAAUAUAUUUUUAAUACAUUGUUUUAAAGCAUUUUUACAACAUAAAGCGAUGUUGCGAUGGAAAUUCUAUAUUGAAAAAAUAUUCUUGUUUUUGGCCCUUUUAUUUUUAAUAUUGAAGAUAAUUAAUUUUAUUACAGAAAUUUCGUUUUACAUUUUUUAUUACAAAUUUAAGAUUUUAGUUUUAUGUACAAAUAAUUAAUAUUAUUUUGGUUACAUUCACAAAUUCUAGCAAAAAUAAUAUCUUAAUAUUUAAUAAUUGUAAGUAAUAUAAUUAUUGAUAUUUUUUGUUGAAUGGUAUAGUUUUAAUUUAAAUACUACACAGAGAACAUGUUCCAAAAAUGUUGUUUAAUUUAAAAUAAUUAUUCAUUUUAAAGAAAUAUGUAUGUAUAUACUUUCUAUGUAUAGUUCUGAUCCAUUACUAGUCAGAACAGGGAAAUGUUCAAGCAGAACACUAAAAGUAUUAAAAUUUAAGCACCGAAACUAUUUACUGUAAAAACUUUAUAUCUGUCAAGUACUGGCACAAAACUAUACAUACAUACAAUUUUAUAAACUUUGUAAAAUAUAAAAGUUUAAUACAACAAAACAUAUAAAAAAAAUCAUAAAUACAUAUUUCUGCUUUUUCACAUUCAUGACAAUUUUAUUAACUUUUGCAAUAAAAGUUUUUUUUUUUUUUUGAUUUACGUUUAUUAUUUAUAAUUUAGAAAUGUGUUGAUCUCACGUAUACAUACAUACAUACAUGCAUUAUAAUACAUAUGAAUAAAACAUUCCUUUUGUUCUUAAUAUAAUAUAAUAUCAUCUGCUAAAGGUCAACCAAAAAACCUUUUUCUUCAAUGGAUUUUACUACAUUUUUAACCGUUGCAGUAUUUACUAACAACAAACAAAAUUAUGAUGCAUUCUAAAACGAUAAAACCGAUACUAACUUCAAAAGUUAAUUAGCGGUAAUUGUACAUAUGUACAAUGUACAUAAGACAUAUACACCAACGUAAUUAUGUUCAUACAUGCAUACAUAUGUACGUAUGUAUGUAGUAUAAAUUUUUUAUAGACCAGGCUGACUGACGACCAAUAAACAACUUUAUAAUCAAAUGCGUGUUCAAUAAGCUUUUGCUUGAAUUCAAAUCUUACAUCCUUUUUGAUUGACAUGCAAUAGAGUACAAACAUUUAAACGAAUAUUAACCAUUUUUUAUACACACAUAUACAUAUAUUUACAUUUUAAAUUAGCCACUAUAAAUACGUAUAUUAAAAACUAAAAAAAAGUAAUUUAAUCCUAUUUUUGUAUGUACAUAUACUUAUGCU